AUGAACAAAACCAAGCGCAGUGAGGCUACCGAGGGUGAGAACAGCAAGUCGCAGAAGAAGACAAAGCGAGAUGCGCCGUCGUCACUUUCCCUCGCCGGCUUCGCGGAUCUUCCUCACGAGCUUCAAGUGACCAUCAUCAACUAUGCCUGUGAGACGCCUUCGUCCGACGACAUGUUCUACCGCGCAACCUGCAAUGAGCCGUUGCUCGACAUCCAGACUACUCUGUCCCUGAGCUUAGUCUCACGGGAGCUUCAUCCCCACGUAACCGUGCUUCUCUAUCGGAGGAUUCGAAUCGUUCGACCUACAACUCUUGCACUCCUAGCCGCCACCUUGACUUCUCGCCCGGCCCUCGGCAGGGUGAUACGGAGCUUACAUGUCGGGCCAGAUGAUGAGUUGCCAGAGGAAUGGCAUCCGAUUGAAGAGAUAAGUUUCGAGGACCCCGACUCGUGGGGAUCAUGGGAAGGCGACUCGCCCCCACCUCCUGAAACCCGCUUUAGCCAUUCUCUGGUCGAUCACGAAACCUCGAAGCAGCCUAAGGACUGCUCGUGGUCAUACACCCUGGAUACGGCUCGUGGUUCCUGUCAAGAUCAAGCUGUGCAUAGUAUUCUCGGCGUCGCUCAGGAAGUGAUCGAUGUCAACUUGAUGAGGGAGGGAUAUGCGAUGUCAGGGGAGCUGCUUCAUCCUGACGAGUGGACCCUUCGCAUCUUCGAAGCUCAGGCAGUGCUCGAUCUUUACCUCCUAGAGCUCCGUCGACUUCAGGACCUCGGCCAGCCAACAUCAUCCACCAAGACCGGCAAAGGAGUCGAGUGUGGCCACUACCCACGUCUGAUCCUGAAUGGCUACGACGACGCCUCUACCAGUAGAUCCAAGAUCACUCGGAGAACCUUUGUCCUUCAUCGAUCGCAGCUCCUCCGCCACCUUUCGCGUCACAAAAGCUACACAGACAGAUUCGAUCACCCUCUCCUAUUCGCCCGCUCUUCCUGCGGUAUGUUCGUCCUUGCCGGCCCUGGACGAGCGGGAGAGGACAGCGACUCCCUGGGCCAGUACGACCCGUAUGAGCUCCGGGACAUCGACUUUUCCCUUCUUGAAGAGGACGCCGAAGACUAUGCGGACCAAUUCUCACCCGACCGACUGCCAGCCACUACUCCUGCCCUUGAUGAUGGUCUUGACCCCGCUCUCAACAGCACCGCCACCCUGGGCUCCCUGCUUUCUCUCACUCGCUUCGUGCUCGUCGCAACGCCGAGGCUGCGCAACCUGUCACUCACAGGCUUCCUAGAGCGGGCAGUGACGGGCCUCCGCACCGGCGCCGAGCUCAAAGACCUUCGUUCCCUUUCCAUCGGCCCACCACCUCCUUUCUGGCAUGCUCCAAUGACACUUGAUAGAGGUUGCCUCUUGACGGUCGAGAACUUGAGGAUCUGUGGAGUUAUGCUUUUAGAAGAGGAAGUGGACGCAAUUGAGAAUGGACUUCCCUUGCUCAGGCGGAUGCAGUGGAGUAUGGCUGGGAAGUUUGAUCAAAAGCAUUCGAUCAGCCUGACUGAUACGAUCAAUCGGCUUCUCAAUCGCCGCAGCAAAGAGGUCCAGGAUUCUGCGAACCCUGACAGGGCUGUCGUAGGCUCCGAAUCCGCAGAAGAACAGCAUACAGGCAGUUCAAGCAGCGCAGUAGUCGAUAGCAGCUCAUCGCCCAUGAGCAGCAUGAGCCGGGACGAUGACGCGUUACCUCUCAUCGAGAUCAGGCUACAUCGUCGCGAUCUCGAAUCGGUACUCAACACGGCGCCAACGUCCGAUAUGCGUACUGCCUGGACUGAGGGUAGACCACUGUCCGAUGCCUCUCGUCGCCUGAAGCUUGUGCGUGGAAAAGCGGCAGGAAAGGGUACCAGCUUCAGAGGGUUGGGAUUCACGACUGGCGCAUGGAAGGCAUUGUACGAGGAGGGGAGAGAGUGGUGGGAAGACGAGGCGAAGCCGACCAUGCGCCCCAAGAAGCAGCGCAGACGGGCUGAGGGGCAGCACGACGAUGACACACGCAGCGGCAGGGCGAGCAAGCUUGCCAGACGAGAGAGUGAGAAUCUCAGAGGCUCCCUAGCGAUCUUUCCCGAAUGGACGACGCGCGUAUUCGAGGCCCAGGCGGGUUUGGACCUCUAUCUGAUGGAGAUCGGCCGUCUCGAGAGCAUGGCCGACGCAAAGCCGACCCUGAAGAAGUGCAACGCCGUAGAAUGCCUCCACUAUCCUCCUCUGCGAUUGGACGGCGUCGCUCAGAAUCCCAAGCCAUACCUGUACGACGAGGAUCAAGCAUUCGUAAUCCGCUACUCGCAGCUUCUUCAGCACCUCGCAAGACCGGGUGCCUUGACUGAUCGCUUUGACCAUCCUUACCUGUGGUCACGCUCUGGGGUCGAAAUGUUCGUACUCGAUGGCCCUAGUAGGGCAGGAGGUGACGUCGCUGAUCAAGACGAUGGCUUUGACCCCCAUGACAUUCGCGAUUUUCCCUUCGACAUCGUCGAGUAUGAGUCUGAGGACUUCGCGGAUCUGUUCACCCUCCAAGGCGUUGACGGACGCGGUCCGGAUGCUCUCCGCGCAGACUUUGAUCUCGCCCUUGAUCCGGCAAUUGGCAGGACGCAAACACUUGGCUCAAUCCUCAACUUGGCACGCAUCGUGCUCUGCUGCACCGCAAGGUUACAAAAUCUUUCCCUGACGGGCUUUCUUGAGCGCGCACUCUGCGGAGAGCGCUUCUGUACGGAGCUCAAGGAUCUACGCUCGCUCAGCCUUGGUCCUCCUCCACCCUACUGGUACGCGCCAAUGACUCUUGCCGGCCCUGUGAUAAGUCGAGUCGAGAACCUACGGAUCUGUGGAGUCAUGCUGCGAGAAAAGGAAGCGAAGUCGAUAGCAGGAGAUUUUCCCUUUUUGACCAAGAUGGAGUGGAGCAUGGCAGGCCGUUUUGACGAGAAGCACUCGAUCAGCCUCAGCGAUACCAUUGACUGUUUGCUGAAACGUCGCAAGAGCGAAGCGAUGACUGCAAUUGGUGCAGACUCCGUUAGCAAAGCAGCCCAGCAAGAGAAUCAAGCAGUCAGCAGCGCAGAGUCGGCAGAUAGCGCCUGCGAAGGUUCGCGCCCCUCAGCCCUUAUUGAGGUCAAGUUGCACCCUGAUGACGUGGAGGAGCUCUUGCGUCAAGCGCCCGACCCCGACGUUCGCACAGCCUGGCUGGAAGGCCAGCCCUUGGCCGAUGCGCCGCGUCGUCUGCGGCUGAUCAAGGGAGCUGCGGCACAGCAGAGAACCUACGGACGUGGUUGGGGAUGGACAAGCGAAGCAUGGUGUGCCUUAUAUGAGGAGGGAAAAGAUUGGUGGGAGGAGGAGGCUCGCUUGACGAAGUGGGUCACCUGA